AUGGAUGCACUCAGAGCACCUGAAAAUGAGUCGCUGUUGUCCAGUUCCUCCGGUCCUGCCAGAUGGGAUCCCUUCCGUCGUCCCUUGGACUCCAUCCAGCCCUGGCACUUCAGCCUUCUGGCAGCAGUAAUGUUGGUGGUGACCUCCCUGUCGCUUGCUGAGAACUUGGCUGUAAUCCUGGUAACUUCUAAGUUCAAGCAAUUGAGACAACCUGUCAAUUAUGUUAUAGUCAAUUUGUCUGUGGCUGAUUUCCUGGUCUCCCUGACUGGUGGCACCAUCAGCUUUUUAACAAAUCUAAAAGGUUAUUUUUAUCUGGGAUACUGGGCUUGUGUACUGGAAGGAUUUGCUGUCACAUUUUUUGGCAUUGUUGCUCUCUGGUCUCUUGCUCUGUUGGCUUUUGAGCGGUAUAUUGUGAUCUGUCGCCCAUUGGGAAAUAUGCGCUUGAGGGGGAAGCAUGCAGCCCUAGGUAUUGCCUUUGUGUGGACCUUUUCCUUCAUUUGGACCAUUCCACCAACAAUGGGUUGGAGCAGUUACACCACCAGUAAGAUUGGAACUACUUGUGAGCCUAACUGGUACUCAGGAGCUUAUACUGACCAUACGUACAUUAUUGCAUUCUUCACCACCUGUUUUAUAGUGCCUUUAUUGGUGAUUUUGGUAUCCUAUGGAAAACUGAUGCAGCAGCUAAGAAAGGUGUCAGAUACGCAAGGCAGGCUGGGAAGUACCAGGAAACCUGAAAGACAAGUGACAAGAAUGGUUGUUGUUAUGAUCAUUGCCUUUCUAAUCUGCUGGAUGCCAUACGCCGCCUUUUCUAUCCUAGUCACCGCAUACCCCUCCGUUGAGCUGGAUCCUUGUCUGGCAGCAGUUCCAGCUUUCUUUUCCAAAACAGCCACUGUUUAUAAUCCAAUAAUUUAUGUCUUUAUGAACAAACAGUUCAGGAAGUGUCUGAUUCAAAUGUUCAGCUGCAGUGCCAUAGAAACUGCAGAGUCCAGCAUGAACCCGACUUCAGAGCGAGCAAUGAUAACCCAGGACAAAAGAGGCAGUGAGAUGUCCACCAUGGCAGUAUGUAGCACCAUUUCUAAGAAGAAAACCGGAGAUGAACGCAGAAAUUGCCGAUCUUUUGCUGAGUUGGCAGCUUCAGAAAACAAAAUCUGUCCCAUGUAG